UGUGACGCGACAGCGGAGGCCACAGCCACUUCCUUCUUUCGUGAGCAAGAUGGCGGGCGGAGAAGCCGGUGUCACUCUCGGGCAGCCGCAUCUUUCUCGUCAGGAUCUUGCCACUUUGGAUGUUACCAAGUUGACUCCGCUUUCACGUGAAAUUAUCAGCAGACAAGCCACAAUUAAUAUAGGCACAAUUGGUCAUGUUGCUCAUGGAAAAUCUACAGUUGUAAAAGCCAUUUCUGGUGUUCACACUGUCCGAUUCAAAAAUGAACUAGAAAGGAAUAUUACCAUAAAACUUGGAUAUGCUAAUGCCAAAAUUUAUAAGCUUGAUGACUCAAGUUGUCCUCGACCAGAAUGUUACAGAUCUUGUGGAAGUAGUACACCUGAUGAGUUUCCUUCAGAUAUUCCAGGGACCAAAGGAAACUUCAGACUAGUCAGACAUGUUUCCUUUGUUGAUUGUCCUGGUCAUGAUAUUUUGAUGGCAACUAUGCUGAAUGGGGCAGCAGUGAUGGAUGCAGCUCUUCUGUUGAUAGCUGGUAAUGAAUCUUGUCCUCAACCUCAGACUUCUGAACACCUGGCUGCCAUUGAAAUUAUGAAGCUAAAACAUAUUUUGAUUCUGCAAAAUAAAAUUGAUUUGGUGAAAGAAAGCCAGGCUAAAGAACAGUAUGAACAGAUACUUGCAUUUGUACAGGGUACAGUAGCCGAAGGAGCUCCUAUUAUUCCAAUUUCUGCUCAGUUAAAAUACAAUAUUGAAGUUGUAUGUGAGUAUAUAGUAAAGAAAAUUCCAGUACCUCUAAGAGACUUUACUUCAGAACCCCGACUUAUUGUUAUUCGGUCUUUUGAUGUUAACAAACCUGGCUGUGAAGUUGAUGACCUUAAAGGGGGUGUAGCUGGUGGUAGUAUUUUAAAAGGCGUAUUAAAGGUGGGACAAGAGAUAGAAGUGAGACCUGGUAUUGUUUCUAAAGACGGAGAAGGGAAGCUUAUGUGUAAACCAAUCUUUUCCAAGAUUGUAUCCCUUUUUGCAGAACACAAUGAUCUUCAGUAUGCUGCUCCAGGUGGUCUUAUUGGAGUUGGAACAAAAAUUGACCCAACGUUAUGCCGAGCAGAUAGAAUGGUUGGGCAGGUCCUUGGUGCUGUUGGAGCAUUACCUGAGAUAUUCACAGAGUUAGAAAUUUCCUACUUCCUACUGAGACGGCUCCUAGGUGUACGUACAGAAGGAGACAAGAAAGCAGCAAAAGUUCAAAAGCUAUCCAAGAAUGAAGUACUCAUGGUGAACAUAGGGUCCUUGUCUACAGGAGGCAGAGUUAGUGCAGUCAAGGCAGAUUUGGGUAAAAUUGUUCUAACCAAUCCAGUAUGCACAGAAGUAGGAGAAAAAAUUGCUCUAAGCCGACGAGUUGAGAAACACUGGCGGACUGUGACCAGCGACUUCAAGCCCCUGCUGCAGUGACGUCCCCAGGAGAUGUACUAACCUUAAACUGUGAGUCACAAUAAACCCAUUCUUCCCUGCACUGCCAUUAUCAGGGCAUUUUGUUACAGCAACAAGAAAAGUAACCAAGACAGAUUCUGAAAGAAACCUAAGCAUCCCAAAUCCGAAGCGGACUGACACCGUGACAGAAAGCCACCUCUGAGACAAGUGAACAUGUAAGGCAAACAGGGGCAUACUAUGCAACACUCUUAUUAAAAGGCAGGACACAAACCACAUCCUAAUAGCACUUUACUUGCCUCUAUAUGCAUGCACCGCCCCCUCAGCUUUUAUUGAUCCUAGGCAGGGUGACUGAGAGACAGGUAUAGCAUGAAGACUCAUUGUGCCAAGUCUGAGCUAUGUACUACUCAAUUUAAGCAGUGACUUUUGACCAGCAAGACAGCAGUGUAGGUUGAGAUGGACGAUGUCCUUAGUGGUAGUCUGAAGAAAGUAUCUGCAGGUGAUGUCCCAACUAUAAGGGACUUUCCUCGAGCUAUUUAUCUGCUCCAAACUUGUCACUGUAUAGAUGUUCCCAGGGCACCAAAUUUAAACAACUUGUAUGAAGUACACAGCAAAAGAGACAGAAUUAGAUAUCAGAUACUCCAGUAUCUACUCAGUGACUCUUAUUUUAUUUGCUCAUUUGGGAAAAAGGAACCAGGUAAGUGUGGAUGCAUUAUGAGAUAUCAGCUGUCUUAGGGUUUUACUGCUGUGAACAGACACCAUGACCAAGGCAAGUCUUAUAAAAUCCCCAAAGCAAGGCAGGAAACCAGCUGGGCAAACUCCAAACUCUGCAUCUUCAUGACUGAUGUCAAAGCGGUCUUCAGCUCUCCACUCCUUUCUCAUCUUUGUUGACUGCAACAAACUGCUUUCUCCUGGGCUGGUUCCACUCCCUGUUAGCAGCUUUCCUCAGUGUGUAUCCCAUGGCUCUGGCAUCUUUAACAUCUUUGAGUCUACAAGGCAAUUUCAAUGUUUUAGUGUCUGGGAUUCCACUUGAUCUUUUGGGCCCCUCCUAAGAGCUGGCAUCACUUCUCCAGCUCUGCCUUCUGUAGUUAAGCUCAGGUUGAUCCACUCCACUACGGUUUCUGUUCUUGGUGAUGUUCAUGGUACUCUCAUCUUUAAUACACUGGGGUGUUCCACUCCAACUAGGCUUCACCAAUAUCCUCUCAUAGCCUCUCUUCAUGGUGGCAAGCCUCAAAUCCUUUGCAUGACCCCUUCAGUCCUGGGCCAUCAACUUCAACUGAGGCUGCACCUUCACCAAUGGCCUUCCAAGGCUUCUCACAGUGCCAAACUCUUCAUAACCCCUUCAUGCUUUCAAAACCAGUACCACCUUAGUGACUCUUACACAUUACCAAGUCCAGCUGCAGCAUGAGGUACAACCUUGGCUAUCUCUGGAUCACAGCUUCUUUGUGCUCCCAGAAAACACUUCCCAGAUUUCAACUCAGUAAUGCUGGUCUCUUCUUAAUCAUUGCUAAUUUCUUAGCUCCAGCUAGCCAGUAUCAGUUGUCCCAGUAGUCUCUUCUAUUCUGGAUUCUAAAGCCAGAUCCACAUGACCAAAGCUGCUCACUUCUGCUGUUUGCUGGGGCUGGAACAUGCCCCCCUUGAUCUAUUACAUUAUCACCAGUUUUGUGUUUUCCAACUCCAUCACUGUCUAAGCUUGGCUGUCCUGGAACUUGCUUCUGUAGAUUGACCUUGAAUGCAGAGAUCGGCAUACCUAUCUCCUGGGAUUAAAGGUGUGUACCACCAUGCCUGGAUCUUAAUUCAGCUGGGUAGGAUCUUGCCCCAAGGUCCCACUCCCUUAAUCUGUUAUUUCCUAGAAUGCAGGAUUUUGCUCCAUUUCACUUCCUAGUACUCCUUUAAUACUGGAACCAUAUAUUUUAUAUUUUUCCUUGCUAUAUUUGCUCAAACUUCUCUUCAUAAGACUUAACCAGAGAACAAAGCCUCUGCUGGGCUUUCUUGAAAUUUCCUUUGACAAUGCAAUUAAUGUGAGUCUGUUUACCUUAGCCUCAGGCAGACUUCAGACAAGUGUAAAAAGUAGCCACAUUCUUCACCAAAAUAUCACAAAAACAGUCUUCAUGCCACAUUCUGAAAUUCUUCUCCUUUGAAAUCUCUUGGGCCAGGUCAACACAGUUCAAAUUGCUCCCAGCAACUAAGUCUUCCAUAUUUCUACUAGGAUGACCCAUUAAGCCCCAUUUAAAGCAUUCCACUGCUUUCCAAAUCCAAAGUCCCAAAAUCCACAUUCUUUUAAAUAAAAGCAUAGUCAGGCCUAUCACAGCAAUACCUCAGUCCCUGGUACCAACUUAUGUAUUAGUCAGGGUUCUCUAGAGUCACAGAACUUACAGAUAGUCUAUUAGUAAAGGAAUUCAUUGAUGACUUAACAGUCUGUAGUCCAGUUCCCAACAAUGGUUCAGCAGCAGCUGUGAAUGGUAGUCCAAGGAUCUAGCAGUUGUUCAGUCCCACAUGGCAAGCAGGCUAAAGAGCAAGACUCCCUUCUUCCAAUGUCCUUAUAUGGUCUCCUGCAGAAGGUGUAGCCCAGAUUAAAAGGGUGUGUCAGUGUGAGUGCCACCACACCUUUAAUCCCAGAUGAUCUUGAACUCUGAGAUCUUCCUGUCUUCAAGAUCCAGAACUUCUAUCUCCCAGCCUCCAGAUUAGGGUCACUGGUGAGCAUUCCAAUUCUGGAUUGUAGUUCAUUUCAAAUAUAGUCAAGUUGACAACCAGGAAUAGCCAGUACAUCAUGUAAGUUUAUUUAAAAGUUUUGAGUACAAAACAAUUCCUUGGAACAUACAGUCUUUGGCUCUGCAUAUCCCAAUAAUUAUACAUAAGAAGCAUGUUACCCACAUUUAACUCACCUGAAUUCACUGAGAACAAAUAAUGCCUCAACUUAAUUUAAACAAAUGCCUUGCACAAGAGGACUUGCCAAAUAUAAAUAUAAGCUGAUAAUUAUUUUACUAAAAAUCCGAGUUGGGAAUGUAAAAACUUACAGUGGGGCCUGGUAGAACAGGACUUUAAUAUCAGUUACUCAGUGCUGGUGACACCCCAUAUUAAACUCAUUAUGCCUGGGACUCCUAAUGACAAGGAAAAAAACCUGCCGGAGGUACUGUGUUUCAGAAUGUGAGACACUGUCCUCUUGUGGACCCAGUAUGAGUACUGAGAGGACCCAAGGCCUGCUUCGUUGGUGCAAGCACCUUGUGAUGUCAUUUUUGCCAGUGUUCUUAGUACUUAUCAUUCUUAUCUAUUUGCUGCUCCUUCUCUUUCCUUCUUCCUUGAUUAAACCAGUAUUUGGUGACCUGUCAAGACCUAGUAGGAGACAGCUUAAUAUCCAGAUAUUAGAUGUUGCCAAUAAUAUUAAAGUGAAGGCUGCCCAUGAAUUCAAGAGAAAUAUAUGUUAUGGUCACUCCACCCUAGGUAGAAAAGAAAGUAGCCUAGCGACACAUGCAGAGAUGACUUAAUCUACAGCUGUUUCCCCAGUCUUAGCUUCAAUUCUGUAUAAUAAAAAUGUGACAUUUUUAUUAUAAAAGUGAGGAUGUAAUAAUAUACCAAUAUUUCCCAGAAAGUCAGCAAUGGGUUCCUUGGGUUCAGGGACGAUGGUGCCAGCCCUCUAGGAAUUCUUACAGAAAAAGUGAGGAUGUAUUUGUAGACAGACAAAUGGGGUCCUGGAUGUUUGAACCAGAUUGGAGAUGCAAAGACUGCAAGGUUAGCAAUAUGAUCUCAUGUUUGCCCUUUUAUGAAACCAUUAAGUCUUACACAUGUCUGAAAGGUAAUGACUUUGUAAUUGCAAUACUGCUGUCCCUGAUCUCACAGGAUACUGGUAGUCAGGAGAUAUUAAAAAGUUGUGCUUGCUGUAAAACUUUUACUCUUGAGACGGUAUAGUUCCCCCCCCCCUUUUUUUUUUCUGUUCUUAAUCUGUACUACUCUGAAUCACAAGAAAAUGUUGGCAAAGGAAAAUAGGAGAAGCAUUUACCCAUCCCCCUAUGAACUUUGUAACCCAGCUUCCUUGUAUGAUUUCAAUAAAAGACUGGGACUGAGUCAAGUCUAUAUGAGCAUUCUGACCUGAGUUCAGAAAGCUCUCAUGGCAUGAA